AUGGGGAUACGCACCGGCCCUUCUUGUCAUUUAAAGGACAAAGUGAGUGUUUCAGAAACUGAACAGAAAUUACGAGUGCAGCUGGAGGAAAGUAAGGAGAACUUUUACAAACUCAAAGAACGUUUUCUUCUGUCUGAAGCUACUGUCUAUGCCAUGGCUAAUGAGCUUCAAAAGCAUGGCUGUCAAAAGUUCAAAGACAUUAUUGAGUCUGUUCUGGGCGAGGAGCUAAAUUACCUGGAAGGAAGUCUGGCCGAGAAGGGGAAGCUGGUCCCAAAUUUGAGGGAAUACAGUUUCCAAAUUCAAGACCAAGACCAGAAGCUGUCCGUAUUUCAGCAGAAAUUACAGCAGGGGAUAGAUGCCUCAUAUCUCCUGUGUAAACAUCUCACGGAUCACCUCCCCUGGGAUGACCUUAAUAAUAAUCAGGGCCACAAGUUCCAUGAGCUGUUGGCUGAGGGUUGCAGGCUGGCAGAGGACCUUGUGCGAAUUCUUAGUCCAGAAAACCAGGACAAUGAAGACAAUGAAAAAGAACAGGAAUCUCUGGCUCUCAGUGAUAUUCUUUAUGUCACCAGCCUGAGCACAGAGGGAAUCAAUGAGGAAAAAGUAGCAGAAAUCCUGCCAGACUCAUUAGGUGAAGGCCCUGAGACAUCCAGCCAUCACUAUGAUUUAACUGACAUCCAUGAGCCUUUCUGCACUGCAACUGCACUGUCAGAUGCACAUGAAGUCAGAUCAUCUCUGGAUGCAGCUCAAAAUGUUCAAGAUUGUAAGGAUGAAGCCCCACUGCUAAAUAUGUCCAGGAAAGAUUUUGUCAUAAUUCAGGAUCAUGCCAAGAAGCUGACCCAGUUACGUGAGCAGCUAGGCAAAGGGAGAGAUGCCUCUUUGUCCCUUGAGCACCAUCUGGAGUUUCUUCUCACCCACGAUGACCCUGAGGACUAUCAGGGUCAAGGCUACAUACAACAACUGGCUCAGGGGUGCAAGAUGGCUGCGAAUCUUGUCCUGAUGCUCAGUGAAGGAAAUAAUGAACGAGGAAAUAAUGAAAAAGAAGAAACAGAGCUUCUUUCUAAAAUGGAUGAUCAGGAUGAGUAA